GGGAGGGGGAGUUGAAGUGUUGAGCAACCGGGAGAUCAGGUAGAUUUAUCUUGUCUUGUGACACGCGUUCAAUGUAACUAUGCAAAGGAGGUUUGUUGGUGUCAUGUGAUGUUGCAUGUGUUAAUGGUGUUAUUUUGGUUGUUUUUUUUUCCCCAGAUUAGUUUAAUGUUGCGAGCAAUGGUCCCGUCUAAGAUGUUCACGAUUCAUCUGCUCCUCUUGUUACUCUGCCGGGCAUCGACGGUGUCCCUGAACAAAUGCCGGUUGACGAACAUCACCAUCUCCGUGGAGAGGGAGGAGUGUGGAUUCUGCGGGACAAUAAAUGUCACCUGGUGUUCCGGUUACUGUUUUACUAAGGACCCAGUCUGCAAGCACACUUUGGCGUUUGUGUACCAAGAGAUUUGCAGUUACAAGGAGAUUGUCUAUGAAACGAUGACCAUUCCCAACUGCCCUGCCAACAUUAACCCUUAUUAUACCUACCCUGUUGCAACCAGCUGCCAGUGUGGUAUGUGUAAUACUGAUACCACUGACUGCACUGUCUCAGCGAUGGGACCUGUUCACUGCUCGCUGGAGCAGCCAAGGAGAAAUGAUACGAGCAACUCUCAAAUCACUUCCAACCCAUCAAGCAGGACCAACGUCAAGGAUAUUUAACGCACUCACCUUAAACCCAUACUCUGCCCCGGGGGGAAAAAAAAACUAUUGUCCAUUUGGGCAGUGGGAUGAUGAUUCAUUUCUCCCACUUUGAGUAACCGCGGCAUUCCUUCCCUCUCUCUCUCCAUCCCUCUCCCCACCCAAGUUGCACCAGCUUCUCGUUCUCACCUAGCAAACAGCUAACUACCGACUGUUCCCUUUCUCUUCAUUCAUUUGUUCCAUAUCUCUCAACAGCAGUAUCUAUGUCUCUCGUUUCCCUCUCC